ACUGGCACCCUAAUUCAGUUUCAUCAGUUUUGCUUCAUGUGCGAGGAGCAGCUCGCUGCGUGUGUGUGCUUGUGAGGCAAUUGUAGCUCUUCGGUAGCGUCAUUCGGGUCAGUUUUAGUGUUAGUGGGAGUCUGGUGUGUGUUUCAUGGCACAGAAUGUAUCAGGGUAGAAACCUGCUGACUUUUUUGGAAAAAAAGUGGACAUAAUUUGGAAUGUAGCUGGUUUGUAGUUCUUUGAGAGUGAUUUACUCUAGUGCUGGUCUGUUCGGGGUGUGUCUUUGAUAAUUCGUGCAUAGCUCUAGAAUUUGAGAGCUGGUGAGAGUAGCUUCGUUUUAUUGUAUAGGUCGGUUUGGUUGAGGAUUGUGUAGAGAGGGAUCUGAACUUCCCGAUGCGGAUCUGGAAUAUUUUCGUGUUCUUGCUUCUUUUCUCGGCAUCGACUGUAGAGGUAGUUUCUGCUGGCAAGAGUUACUAUGAUAUUCUUCAGGUUUCGAAACAGGCAACUGACGAUCAAAUCAAACGUGCAUAUCGCAAAUUGGCUUUGAAGUUUCACCCCGACAAGAACCCUGGAAAUGAAGAGGCAACAAAGAAGUUUGCAGAGAUUAAUAAUGCGUAUGAGGUUCUUUCCGAUAGGGAGAAACGAGGGGUGUACGAUCAGUAUGGUGAGGAGGGGCUGAAGCAGCAACAACAAGGCGGUGGCCGCGGUGGUGGAGGGUUUGGUCAAGACAUUUUUUCACAGUUUUUUGGAGGUGGAUUUCGAUUUGGUGGUGAGGAGGACGAAGAGGAAAAGACUCUGAAGGGUGACGAUGUUACAGUCGAAAUAUAUGCCACAUUGAAAGAUCUCUAUGUCGGGAAUUCAUAUCAGAUAUGGAGAGAUAAGAACGUGGUGAAGCCCGCUGCUGGGAAGCGCAAAUGUAACUGCAAGAAUAAGGUAGUUCAUCGACAGAUUGGACCUGGGAUGUAUCAACAAUACACAGAGCAGGUCUGUCAAGAAUGUCCUAACGUGAAGUUUGAGCGCGUGACCCAAUCUUUAACAGUAGACAUUGAGAAAGGAAUGCGAGAUGGACAAGAAAUCGUCUUUUAUGAAGAUGGAGAACCCGUCAUUGAUGGAGAGCCUGGAGACCUGAAGUUUAUUAUUCGCACUAAACCUGAUAGCCGAUUCCGAAGAGAGGGAAACGAUCUUCAUAUAACUGUCACCAUAACGCUUUUAGAUGCACUCGUGGGUUUUAAAAAAGAUAUUGCCCAUCUUGAUGGCCACAAGGUAGCUGUCGGAAGUGCCCUAGUCACAAAACCCAAAGAAACUAGGAAAUUCCCUAGAGAAGGCAUGCCACUAUUCGAUAGUGACAAGAAGGGUGACCUUUUCGUCACGUUCGAGGUGGUUUUCCCAUCAUCAUUGACAGAUGAGCAAAAAUCUGUCAUUUCGAAGACCUUAAGAGCUUAGUUAAGUUACUGGAAUUUAGAUUCAACAGGUUAUCUAGACUUUAAAUUGACAAGUGUAAAUUUCUCCUGGUGAAGAGUACCAGUGAUAGAGCACUGGCAGGAACCAAUCGAGCAUUUUUGGACUAAGGUCUGCUUUUUUCAAAUCAUAGUGCUUGAAGUGGUACGUUAAGCUUGGUUUUUAAUUUUUA